AUGACGAAGACAGAGGACCAGAAGCCGGAAAUCGCCCUUGAGCACGCCGACGACGUCGGACUCGAGAAUCAACAUGACAACCCCAAGGACGUGACCCUCGACGCCGCCGCCAAGGGCCAGGGCGUGUCGGGCUACGAGACCUUGACGUUGUGGGAGACUUUCAAGGCCUUCAAAGUGUGCUCCGCUACUUGUUUUGCUGUUGCGUUCAGCGCGGCGACAGAUGGUUAUCAGAUUGGCAUCAACGGCAACAUCAUCGCCAACCCAGGAUUCAUCAACCAGUUCGCAACGGAAACCACCUCGCGCGGUGAACCCAACCUCGCCGCACCCAUCCUCAGCGCGUGGUCUUCCAUAAUGUCCGUCGGCCAAAUCAUCGGCAUGACGACUGUCCCCUUCCUCUCCGACCGCUUCGGCCGCAAGGGCGCCAUGUAUUGGUACUGGUUCAUCCUCUCCAUGAGUAUCCUCUGCGAGUCUGUGGCCCAAACCUGGCCCGUAUGGCUGGUUGCCAAACUGCUCGCGGGCGUCGGCGUAGGCUGCCUCCAGUCCACCGUCCCGACCUACAUCGCCGAGGUCGCCCCAACGAGAAUCCGCGGCGGGCUACUACUAGCCUACAACUUUUGGUUCGCCCUCGGACAGUUCUUCGCGCCUGUCGCGCUGCAGGUCAUGUCGCAGUAUGCCCCCGAGGACUGGAAGACGCCCAUCUACACGCAGUGGAGCCAGAUCGGCCUCAUGAUCAUCAUCUACGUCCUCGUCCCGGAGUCGCCCGCCUGGUGCGUCACCCGCGGUAAGCUCGACGCCGCCCGCAAGUCGCUGCGCUGGCUGUACCGCGGCGUCGAGGACUACGACGUCGAGCAGCAGCUGCAGCUGCUCGUCAUCGCCGUCGACCACGAGAUGGAGGUCGCGCGGUCCCAGGCCAACGUCGAGUGGUACGCCAUCUUCAAGGGCGUCGACGGUAAGCGGACGGUGACGGCGCUGUGGACGCUCAUGACGCAGCAGUUCGUGGGGCUGACGCUGUUCUCGACGUUUGCGAGCUACUUCUUCAAGCAGGCGGGUAUCAAGGAUCCGUUCCAGGCGACGUGCAUCACGUCCGGGAUCAACAUCGUGAGCGGACUGGUGUUUAUACUGAUUGCGGACAAGGUCGGGCGAAGGUGGAUUUCAUGCAGCGGGUCAACGUUGUCGUGGGCUGCGUGUAUGGCCAUUGGGAUUCUCGGGGUUGUGCCGAGACGUGGGCCGACCUUUGUCUUGUUGGUCUUCUUUGCAUGUUUGUGGAAUAUCGGCAUGACUGCGAAUGGAGCCACCGGCUGGGGCUUCAUCGGCGAGAUCUCUUCGCAAAGGCUUCGGCCUUACACGGCUGGGUUUGGAGCUGCCUCUACAUGCGUUGCGGGUGUUGUCAUGAACGUGCUGACCCCGUACAUGGUGGACGGAAACCAGUGGAAUUGGGAGCUGAAGACGGCCUGGUUCUACACCGGCGUAGGACUUCCGUUCGUGGUGGCCAUGUGGUUCCUGAUUCCCGAGACCAAGGGGCGCUCCGCUGCGGAGCUGGACGAAUUAUUCGAGCGCGGCAUCAAGCCUUGGAGAUUCCAUAAGACGCUCACGGCGACGGAGCGUCUCGUCAAUGCAAGUCACGAUCAAGAGGCUGUCACGUCAGAGAAGAGGGAUCAUUGA